AUGAGUGUAAGUCAAACAACUGAUACUGAGAAGAGUGUUGAUUCUCCACAACUGCCCAUCCGGAAACGUUUACGUACUCAGAGUCUUUCAUCUGGUUAUCCUUCUACUUGGUUAUCACCCCCAUCUGCACUUCCACGUGUUCAAAAGCAUGUUAUAUCUUCUGAAUUUUGUGCACCCACCUGCCCUCCACGUAUAAAGUCACCUUCUUCAAACAGAAAGGUGUGUGAAAUUGCUCCUUGGAAUACUCUUGAAAGUUAUGCUCCUGACAGUCUGUCACCCACAAAGGAGUCUUAUAAACAGGAUGAAGUAGUUUCCUUCAGGGAUGAACCUAGUAGUUCUCUGUCUUUUCCUCUCCCAGCUCCUACCACAGAAAUUAGCAAUGUAAAGGUUAAACUCUCACUAUCAUCACAAAAUUUAUCAUCAGAUGCAGACGACGAUCCCGGUUGUACAGAAUUCUUGAAUGGAACUUACUCUAUUGACAGUACUACUCAUAUAUCUUCUAGACUGUCAAACUCUAACAACAUUAAUAAGAUGGAGAAUGGCAGUGACAGGGAAAUACCGGAGGCCCUGAAGAAUAAUUUAAGUUAUCUUCAACAACUGGGAAAUUUUAGUGCAAAAAAUAAUCUACCGUCACCAAAUUCUGAAUGUGAACGUGAACAGUUGAAAACACACCUUUUAGAAGCCUUAAAAUUAGUUGGCGCUCUUUCACUAGUUGUUCCUUGGCCAACAGUAGCUAUUGUUCUGGAAGAGGAACGUUGUUUGUAA